AUGAUUGCUAAUUUUACUCAAAACGGGCAAGAGUUAGCGGCUCUAGAGCUAUUAAGAGCAAUGUCAGUACAUAAUGAGAUACCUAAUUCUGUCACUUUGACGAAUGUUCUUCCAGCUUGUGCACGAGUUGGUUUCCUUCGUCCAGGAAAAGAAAUCCAUGCAGUGACCAUCCGUAUGGGGUUCAACCUUGAUCUGUUUGUCACCAAUGCUCUGACAGACAUGUAUGCAAAAUGUGGCUGCUUAGAUCUGGCUCAAAGUGUUUUUGACAUAUCCCGUAGGGAUGAAAUAUCUUAUAAUAUAUUAAUAGUAAGCUAUGCUCAAACUAGUGAUUGCUCAAAAUCUUUGAGUUUAUUCUCAGAAAUGGGUCUCAUGGGUAUGAUGCAUGAUGUGGUUUCCUUUGUGGGUGCUAUAUCAGCUUGUGGAAAAUUAGCUGCAACCAAACAACGGAAAGAGAUCCAUGCAGUCGUGACAAGAAAGCUUUUUCAUACACACCUCUUUGUUGCUAAUUCACUUUUGGACUUUUAUUCCAGAUGCGGACGGAUUGAUAUAGCUGACAAGAUCUUUGUGAGGAUUCCAAAUAAAGAUGCAGCCUCGUGGAAUACUAUGAUUUUGGGUUAUGGAAUGCUUGGUGAUUUGGACAUGGCUAUCUAUCUCUUCGAAAAUAUGAGGGAAAGUGGAGUGCAAUAUGAUUCAGUUUCAUAUAUUGCAGUUUUGUCAGCCUGUAGCCAUGGAGGAUUUGUUGAAAAAGGAAGGAAAUACUUUGAGGAAAUGCAAGCUCAGAAUAUUAAGCCGACACAAAUGCACUAUGCUUGUAUGGUUGAUCUCCUUGGAAGAGCUGGCCUUAUGGAAGAUGUAGUGGAACUUAUAAAAAAUUUGCCCAUCAUACCGGAGUCCAAUAUAUGGGGUGCUUUGCUUGGGGCAUGCCGAAUCCAUGGUAAUAUAGAGUUGGGGUCUUGGGCAGCUGAGCAUUUGCUUAAGUUGAAACCUGAACAUUGUGGGUAUUAUAUUCUUCUUUCAAACAUGUAUGCAGAAGCUGGGAAAUGGGAUGAGGCAAACAAGAUUAGGGAAUUGAUGAAGUCGAGAGGGGCAAAGAAAAAUCCUGGUUACAGUUGGGUUCAAACAGGGGACCAGGUACAAGCAUUUGUAGUUGGAGAGGUAAUGGAGAACUCCACUCCAGGUCUUUGGCAAGCAGAACACGGUUAA